CUGUGAUUGGAGGAGAACUGGUGUCAUCAGAGGAGGAGGAGCUCGGUAAGAAAGACGCUGCGGUCCGACAGCCGCGGAGAAGAGGACGACGACGUGACCGAGGCGCGUACCUACAGCAGAGAUGGGGGGUCAGGUGUCAACCGAGGGUGCCCACGUGGUGGUGGUGGGCGGAGGAUUUGGUGGCAUCGCCGCAGCUCAAGACCUGAAGUAUCGAGGAUUCAGCUUCACUCUGAUCGACAUGAGAGACGCUUUCCAUCACAACCUGGGCGCUCUGCGAGCCGCCGUACAGCCAGGCUUUGCUCAGAAGACCUUCAUCCCGUACGCCGAGACGUUUGGCGAGAGCUUCGUUCAGGGUCGGGUGGAGCUCGUCGACACAGACAGGCAGCUGGUGAUCCUGGAGGGAGGGAGGGAGAUCCAGUACUCCCACCUCAUCCUGUGCACCGGCACUGACGGGCCGUUCCCCGGGAAGUUCAACACGGUGGCGUCGCAUAAGGAGGCGGUGCAGAAGUACGAGGACUUCAUCAGAGAGGUUCAGGCUGCUGACUCGGUGCUGGUGGUCGGCGGAGGAUCGACCGGUGUGGAGAUGGCUGCAGAGAUAAAGACCGAGUAUCCUAAUAAGAAGGUGGUUCUGAUCCACUCCAAACUCGGGCUGGCUGACCCGGAGCUGCUGCCCAGCAUCAGGCGCGAGGCCAAUCAGGUUCUCUUGGAGAAGGGGGUGGAGCUUGUGUUGGGACAGAAAGUGAGCAACUUGUCGGAGCUGCCGCUGAACACGAUGACGAAGAACACGGAGGUGAUCACGGACCACGGCGAAACGCUGGUCACGGAUCUGAUCAUCUGCUGCACCGGGCUCAAGAUCAACUCUGCAGCCUACAGCGCCACCUUCAAUGACAGUAUGGCUGAAAACGGGGCCUUGAAGGUCAACGACCACUUGCAGGUCGACGGUUUCUCCAACAUCUUCGCCGUGGGUGACUGCACCAAUGUCAACGAGCCCAAGACGGCGUACAACGCCGGCCUCCACGCCGCUGUCGCCGUGGCCAACAUUGCCAACAGUGUGAGCGGGAAGGAGCUGACUUCCUAUCAAACAGGUAACGUCACCAUGCUGCUGGCGAUGGGCCAUGACGACGGCGUGGGUCAAUACAACGGCUUCAGGCUGCCCCGCUGGUUCGUCGCCUGGGGAAAAAGUCGAGAUGUCCUGGUGUGGAAGAGCUGGAAGGAGAUGAAGCAGAAACAGCCCUGAGACUCUAACUCACGCGCAUGCAUGCACACAUGCCAAUCAUUUAUAACUGGGAAGUGCACUUUCUAAAGAAACUGCAGUGUGAAUGCUUGAAUCUGAAUGUAUGCACUAAAAUGAAUUAAUUGCUGAAUUUUAAGUUAAAAAAUUUGAAUGAGAAAAAAACCAGAGUUUAAUCUGAAAACAAAAGUGCUGAAGUGCUAAAAGCUGACAUCCACACAGAAGUUGGAAAAUAGCUGAAAAUGUUUUAAUUGUAAAUUAGAAAAACCUAAGAAAUGAGAAAAGAAAAUUUAAAGUCAGAAAACAUCUGAAUGAAUAUUAAAAGUUCACAUUCUUUUUACUCAUUCAGUGAUUCAAUGUGAUCCCUCCACUUGGAUCCACACAGUUUAAAACGUUUACAUCUCUGAGCUUUGAAAGACUCGGUGUUGGAAAGAGAACAACGAUGGCGACGUUGAGGGUAAAAUGAUGGCUGUAGAGCAAACACUGGACACAACUAGGAGUCGUAUUGACAAAAUUCUUUCACCGUGAGCGGCAGCAAUGUCCAGUCUACCAAAUUCUCAGUUUUCAUGCCUGUGGAGUUUAUUAUAUGGACGUGACGACAGUGUAAAGACAGCCCGUACUUCUGAUUUUCAAACCAACUUUCUGAGCCCUUUUAACAUUAGUCUGUGGAAGAGUUGGAGGAAGGAGGCUGUGCAUUGGUAACAUUUAUGAAAGAACCAUAACACCUAGUACAAUAAUAAACACAGAGGAUGAAAGAGGACAGCGAUGGCUACGUUUCGAGGGUAAAGUCAUACCUGUAGAGCAAACGCUGCAGACACAGCAGCAGUUUAAAGGAAGAUUUCAAGAUUAAUUUCUUUCCUCCUCUCACGCUAGCGCCAACAUUCCGUCCCAUACACACCCAUUAUAAACUCUGAAACGGCUGAAAAAAGCAUGAAACUUAAACUGGAACUGAAGAAAAAGUAUAAUAGAUAUUGAAAAGAUAAAUACAAGUUGAAUAGUUGAAUGUCUUGGCUUCGUUUUAAAGUUUGAAUGGUGGCUCUAUGUCAAUAUAUGUGGAAGUAGUAAGAGUUGAAAAGUGAGUAAGUUUAAUGAAAAUUUGAAGAGUCUCCCCAUUGAAACACAUGGGAAAUUUUUGUUGAAUAAAGUUUUUGUAAGUUGAACGGUUUUGAAGGAGACAGCAUUCAAGCAUUCACACUAAAUAUGACGUAAACGUUUCUUCAGAUCUUGAUGAGGCUGCGUGACUCGCUGUAAACUGGGCUCCAGUGGACCCGCCACGUAGUAACGUUCGUCCAGGAUCAACGUCACAACCAGCCAAUCAGGUUGUGAUGUCAUACGUAAAAGAAAAAAAUGCCUUUGUUUAUGUAAAAGUAUUCUGGAACAAAUAUUAAACAUAUGAAAUAUUUUUUAUUAAUUUGCACUAUAAGGUAAACAUUAUCAAGCUAGGUUUGCUGCUAGCCAAAUUCAGUUAGCCCUGUGAUAUCGUUAAUAGCAUUAGCUAAGAUCUCGGCUUUACAUGCUGCCUGCAGGUUCAUCACCGCUGCUUUUUUAAACAUUAAAACUUUAUUAGCAUCAUAAUCCAGACAGCACAGUGACUGUAGCAGGGCCCACAGCAGACACCUGAGGCCGUCUGGGACAUGUACUGUUUCUACACGUUUGCAAUAAACGAGUUGAAGAAA